AAUAACAAGUAUGCAUUUGGCAACAUAAGUAAUCCAGUCAUCUAUUAAUUAUCAGUAACUCUGUAUAACAUAGAAAGUGAGUUCUUGUUAAAAGCGUCACAAAGCACCUCUGCUAAAGAAGCCAGGACAAGGUGACUCAUGAUUUGGUCGGUACCUGAGGAAUAUAUAGCUUUUGGAAUGAGUGUGGGUGUUUCAUACAAGGAGCUUAUUUUUGACGGAGAGACCUAAAGAAAAGUGUUUGUACUAUUCGUACUAAUGACAGUGAAUGGAAAACCUUUCCAUUUAGUAUCAUGGAUGACAAAUCCAACAAGCUGAUCCUGGUCCCUGUUAUAUUCGUGUUGUUUGUGAUGAUAGGAUACCAGUACAUUUGCCCAGCAGGCAGUAACUCGUGCCACUUCAGGACUGGGGAGAAGGUAAGAGGGGUCACCCUUCCAUCGUUCCAAAACCCUGCGAUAUUCGAUUUCUAUACAGAUCAAGAAUUAGAAGACGAAAGCCCUCCCAAAUUUAUGCCUGCAUUUAACUUCUCGGAAACAGAUCUGACACGGUACGCGGAUUUCAACAUCAAAGGGGAUGAUGUGAUUGUUUUCCUGCACAUCCAAAAGACAGGCGGCACUACAUUCGGCAGGCACCUGGUGAGGAAUAUUCGCCUGGAGCAGCCUUGUGACUGCAAGCUUGGGCAGAAGAAAUGUACUUGCCACCGGCCCGGGAAGAAAGAGUCCUGGCUUUUCUCUCGAUUCUCUACAGGAUGGAGCUGUGGGCUGCACGCGGACUGGACAGAGCUAAUCAACUGCGUACCUGUCAUCAUGGACAAAAAGGAAACCCAGAAGCCCCGAAGGAACUUCUAUUACAUCACAAUGUUGAGAGACCCGGUGUCACGUUUCCUGAGCGAAUGGAAACAUGUCCAGAGAGGGGCAACGUGGAAGACAUCCCUGCACGUGUGCGACGGCAGAUCCCCCACACACGAUGAGCUGCCCACCUGUUACCUAGGUGACGACUGGUCAGGGGUGAGCCUGCAGGAGUUCAUGGAUUGCGUCUACAACCUGGCCAACAACCGGCAGGUGCGCAUGCUAGCUGACCUCAGCCUGGUGGGCUGCUACAACCUCUCGUCCAUGAACGAGAGUGAGCGGAACGAGAUCCUGCUCCGCAGCGCCAAAGACAACCUCAAGAACAUGGCCUUCUUCGGGCUGACGGAGUACCAGCACAAGACUCAGUACCUCUUCGAGAGGACCUUCAACCUGAAGUUCAUCUCACCCUUCACGCAGCUGAACAGCACGCGGGCCGCCAACGUGGACAUCGCGCUGCCGACGCGGCGGCGCAUCGAGGAGCUCAACUUCCUGGACAUGCAGCUCUACGAGUACGCCAAGGACCUGUUCCUGCAGCGCUUUCAGUUCACCCGGCAGAGAGAGCGUCAGCUGGAGAGGCAGAGGAGAAGGGAGGAGCGCCAGCUGCUCCGCGCACAGAAAGCGCACCGCUACAGGCAGCAGGCUGACGACAGUGUCACCACAGAGGACUACACGGGUCAAGUGGCGAGAUGGUGACAGCUUUUGUCUCAAAAUGGUCUUUAAAAUAUAACUGAAGAAUUAACCACAUUUGUUUUCAGCUCUUAAGUGUGACAUUUUAUCGAUUGUCAUCAUUCACAUGAAACUGUCGAGGCUGUGGUUAACACAGCUACCCUGCCUUUUGAGCACCCUUUUGUGUCUUAACUUUAAAAAUAGAUGUAUAGUAUACUUUUGUGACCUUUCCCCUGCUUACUACUGUAGCUAGUCAUUAUUAUGUAGAUUGUGAACACUGUGUAUAGACAGGAAAUUAAGCUUAAGGUGACAUUCACAAAAAGAAGAGUUUCAAGCCAAUGGCUGGUGAUAGCUAUUGCUCACCUUGUGAAAAAUGAUUUGGUUUUUACAGUAUGCUAUUAGUGUGAUUUUAUUUUUAUUUGUAUGCAAUAUGUAAGUGACUUAACAAACUUGGCCAUAAGUGUGUGUGAUAAGUAAUAUAAGAUACAGUAGCAUUAUAAAGAAAUCUUACCAGAAGCUUCUUUUUUUUCAGUUUGAUUCUCUGACAUGCAUCUUUACGGAUGAAUAAGGUGUCACAUUUAGAGUUCAUUGUCUGUUCCAGAGCACGCUUCUUCUUUUUUUUUUUUUUCCAGUAACCCAAGAUUAAUGGACAUCAUACUGAUCUGAAGCAGGUUUCUGGCACUUUCUCACACCACAGCAACCUGAUCUUUCAAUUGAUGAGUUGAUUUAUAACUGGCAUCUAGUCUUGUUAGAAGGGCUGC